GGGGGUGGGGUUCACUCACCUAAAAGCUCACUUACUGUCAAGCGUCAUGUCUGAGUCAGCGGAGUACAAAGCAAUCAAGGACUGUAACAGCAGUCUUCUUACUUGUAUUAAGCAGUCUCCCAAAGAUGUCAGCGAUCAUUUAGAGAUCCUUGCACCAGACGAUCGAGAGUAUCUCAAGAAUGACACUCAUGAUGCUGGUGACAAAGCACGAAGAAUACUUGAUGCUGUGCUGCUCCAGAUAGAAAACAAUCCAAAGGUUUUCAAUUCAUUCAUUAGUGCUCUCAAAGCAGCUGGUAGUUUUACGAAGGCUGCAGUGCAAAAACUUAACGGUGCAUUACAGAGACGAAAGAGCGAUCAAACUCAAAGAAUGGAAGAUGAUGGAUAUGAGAACGAUCCAAUGAUUCUACUACAACCAUUACUCAGGCCAGUGAUGACUGAAGAAACUGGGUCAGUUCUUGAGUUACCUACCAUGGACAAUGGAGGGACACUACCUGAUCCAUUAGAGCACCCUCUUGAUGACACUGAAGUGGGAGCGGACCUCAGAGCAGCUGCAACAAGUCGACAGGAAGCCCCCACUGUUGAUACAUUCAAAGGACGAUUGCUACAAACCUUCCAAAAUGGAGAAUUGGAAACAACUGUUAAGCUUCUAUCCCAAGCUGAAAGUCAGUCCAUUGAUCUGAGAGGCCAAGAACUAAAUGAGUCACCCCGGUGUUGUAACUGUUGUACUCGUAUUAGUGUAACUUUCAGUGUUACAUUGAUUGGCUUAAUUGCCCUUGCUGUCUACUCUUUCACUCCACAAAAAGCCUUUGCAGAUCCUCCACCUCUUGAAAUGGCCACAAUCCCUCCCAGAUAUUUUACCACUGCAGACCCGCCUAAAACCGCACCCUCUGUAAUACCAGCCUACACUGGCAAGCUAACUGGCACUAUCAUUACUAGAGGUGAUCGUCCUAAAAUGACACAGCUUCGUAGCUUCAAACUGAGGACUGGAAAAACAAUCGAUUUCGCCUCCAAUAUUGUCCUUGACUACAGAAAAGUGGGCCAACUUUUGCUUGAAGGAUCCAAUGACGUUGAUAUUCUAGAAACGAGUCAUCAUCAUGAAACCAAGGAUAUUGCUGAUAGAAUUCUAAGGGACUGGCUGAGUGGGAAAGGCAAACUCCCUGUUACAUGGGGAACAUUGAUUGACGUUAUAGAAGAGUCUGGUUUGAGUAGUUUAGUAUAUGAUAUUGAAGGUCAGCUGUCAGAUCUACAUAGAGAUCAUGAUGAAUUGUAGGCAUUUGUAAACGUAUAUAUAUAGAACAAUGUUUGUGUGCAAAUUAUAAUUAUGGCCAAAUACCUAUCUACGUAG